UCAAGAUGUCUGCUUGGGGAAGACAUCGAUUGUUCCAUCAGUGUACGGCAGUCUUGAAUGUUCCGUGAAAUUUGAGUAGCCACAGCAUGAAAAAUGCCCCAAAAAAUGAAAGCGUGUGAAUAUGGGAUCCCAAACGCUUGAAAUUCUUCGUCAGGGUGUAUGGGCUUCACUUACAGGAGGCUGGUUUUACGAUCCACACCAGGAUAUAUUCUGCAAUACAUUUCAUCUUUAUGUUUGGUUGUUCCUGCUAUGUCUACCAUUUACGGUGUACUUGUUUUUUCCACCUACACUAACGGCAUGGGCGGGAUAUUGCACUGCAAUUGCUGCCCUAUUUGGUGUGCUGAAAGCAACCAAUAUGUGGCUUCAUCAUGUGUAUGACACUUCAGAAUGUGUGCGUGAAGAAGAGUUCGAUGCUCGCGACGGAUGUCGACGACAUGCAGAGGAUGUGACCUUCCGUUCAAGAUUUGCCACCGAGGAAGGCAUCGAACUGCAGGACUUGGGCAGCAGCAGUGGUGCAGCGGGAGGGAAGAGGUCGAGCGACACCCCGCCGGUGGGAUGCAGCUCCCGCAACUCGUACACGGAGCCUGGCAACGGGAACGGUUCCGGCCAAGGCGUGAGCGCGGCAGCUGGAGGGGUCGCCUCCCAGCCGGGGGGUGGCGGAGGAGGCGGUGACCGCGACUCGCUCAACUCGUCCACGGAAUGCCACGCCAGUGCCACGCGUCUCGGCAGCCUCGACGAUUCCGUAUUCCGCAGUAACGGAGUCAGCAGUACGAUAGACCUGAAAGUGGAUGUCCACCGCAAGAACAGUUCGGAGAGCAGUGAGGAGGUCGCAGUACUGAGGCCGGUGGUGGAGCGCGUGUCGGUGCACCGUGCGGAGGCCUGUACGCAGGCGGACCACAACUGGUCUCUCAGAGGCUCGAAGACGCGCGAGAAAAGAUCUCGACAGCGAGCUGGCAGCAUAUCAGUGGCUGUAGUCGAUGAGCUGCCUUCGACGUCAGGAACGGGUGGGAUUGGACGUCGCACGAGUGGUAGCCGUAGUUUCCGGAAGCAGUCAUCAGACACUCAUGACGAGCGUCGCCACCGCAGGCAUCACAGGCCGUCACUUGACCCUGGUACCGCGGCCUCAAGUUCCUCCGUGUCUGGCCCUCUGCAGGCUAGUGUGCGCCGCCUCUCGAACGCCCCGAACGGCAGUCUCGGCUUCCUGCCAGGUGGGGCAGCCACUCCCCCACCGCCCACCAUCAAGCCCACAGGAUCUCUAGAACUCGGCUGCAUGCUCGAGAGGGAGAAAGGUACACUGACAGAUGCUCAAGACAUUGUGUGGCAAGGCUUGGUGUACUGGAAACAGCAGAAUGCACGCCAGGUGAGGCGUAUUCGUUCGGGUGUGCUGGAGCGAUACAGCUCCGUGCCGGAGGGAGAGAGCGGGGGCAGCAGUGGAGGCUCCGGGGCAGUCGGGGGACGGGCAUCCCCGCCUCCGAUGCCGUCGGCCGACGGUGUGGCGUCCGGGUCAUCGUCGAGCGGUCCUCACCGCUACGCCAGCUUCGGCAGUGAGAUUGUCUACCCGAUUGCUGAGCAGUCGGAUGAACAUGCGACGAGUCUCGGUGCAGACACGGAUGAGAAUGGAGGGGCGGGAGGAUCGCGGUCUCCGCUGCUUGUGCGCCACGAGAGCUUCAGUAGUGUGACGGACCAUAGUUCUCGGGCAGCAGGUACUAACAGUGCUGCAGACAGUGGCGUGUCCAGCAACCACCGAAUACCGGGGCGCACGUUCCGCAAAAGGUUCGGAGCCUGUUCUUCGGCCGACGAGCUCCUGGACGGAGGAGAUGACGAAGACGAUUAUGACGAAGAUGAGGGCUUGCCGGGAGAAUCGUGUGCCACGGACGAAGCCAGUGGGGAUGAGGGGGACAAUAACAGUGCUGCUGCUGACGGCAGCCCCGGCUACGUCAGCCCGUCACCUGUCGCUCGACGGAGGACCGAGUGUGCCAACUUCGCACUGAUUGUCAGUGAAACUGUGUGCUGCCGGUGCAACCGCCAGGAGUGCAUUAGUUGUACAGUGGCUCCUCCAACCUGUGGCGUUUCUAAGGCUCCGUCCGAUGCGCCCACGACCACCACUCGCGAUGCCUCUUCCAGCCUCGUGGGACUCGAUUGGUUGUUCGAUCACACCGACAGUGACACCGCCGGGCAAACGUCGCCACUGCCGGCAUCUGCAGCCUCCGUCGGUAAUGAUGCCAAUCUGUGGAAUUACACAUGUUCGGAUGACAGUGACUCCGGGUCCAUAAUGGAUAUUAGAAGUGGCUGCCGCAAGGACUCGGAAGACUCCGGCAGCUCGAGCACAACGCCGAGUGCAGAGCACGAGGGUUCGAAGCUGCUGCCGAGAGAUCGCGGGGGAAGUGGUAGCCGAGAGGCGGGCAGUGGGCAGGGCAGCAUCCGCAGCCAGGGAGCCAUUCCCAAGCAGCGCCAGAGGCAACGCCAGCGGCGGUCCUCGGCAGCUGCAGAAACAGCAGAUGAGCAGCCACACAGUGCCGUGCCUCUGGUCGUUCGGGAGGCACACAUAACUACGACGAGCGACAACUUUGACAGCUGGAGGCGCCUGAGAAAAGCGGCGAGGGACCACGAGCGUGCAUCAGCCGAAAGAGAGAGCCCGGAUGAGAAAAUAAAUGGCAGUUCCUACAGAGUGAAGUGUUCUGACGGAGCUCCUCCUCCUCUGCAGCGGAAGGACUCGGGCGAAGUGGGUGCUGGGGAUGCCAGUCGACCUGAGGUGCCCCGAGCGCGGCGGACUUCCUCGCAGGGUUCCCAGCUGAGACUGAUGCCACCACCUCACCGGUCUCGUGCAGGGGACGAUGAGGUGCUGACACCAGUCCCAUGGGUUGCCGCUUUCCUCGCUGCUCGCCGUGAAAUAAUGGGCGAUUUGGAAAGCUUGGGUUUCAGUGCCAACACACCGAGCGGACCUCCUGUUCGGUCACGCCACCGACGCAUCAGGCGGGGAAAUCGAGCUCACAGGUCGAGACCCGGAGUCGUGCGCGAUCCACCACUCGCGACCUCGUCCACGCCUGUGGCCACUUCCCCGCCGGGCGGGAAUAACAGUUCCUGUCCGCCGUCGACUUACACCCCCAUGGAGGCGCUGGCGUCGGCCAUUUCGGGGGGAGCCGGCACGCACAUCGCGACUUCACACGACGACACGACGGAAGGUGCGGUCCACUGCUUUCGCGACGAGCACGGAAACUGGAUGUCGUACACGUUUCACGAGCGCGGGGCCGGCACGGCAAACCACGGCGUGAUGCCCAUAGCUGUGGCAGCGGCAGCUGCGGCGGCAGAAGUGAUGCCUCCCUCGCAGCGGUCGCCGUUCCACAUCCUUCUGGAGCCUGGGGGCAACACAUGUCGCCUGGUGCGGAGGUCUCCGCCCCCGCCUCACCGCAGCACCGGGAGCUCCGCUGGGCAGCAAGCGGGGAUCGGAGCCGGAGCUGCACACCAGGCUGCCUCCAGCGAGACGGACACGGAGAUGACACUGACACGUGCCGCUGCCGCGACGGGGCGCUUCAGGCUGGCCGACGUUACUGCCGGCCUCACCUCGGAGGACAUCAGGCGCCCGCGCAGAUACUACAAGCUCAAGCUUUUUCGCUGCCUAAAUAUCAAGGUCCGCUUUGACCGUCUUGCGUUGGUGGCGCUACUGGACCGGAACUUGACGCUUGCUGAGGCGACGCUGUCUUUCUGCCUGGCAGUCGCUGUGGCCGCCCUGGGUGCACGCGUCCUGCAGCUCGGCUUCUACAGGGACAUUUUCGCAUUUGUCUUCUGCUUUGUAGUUGCUGGGUGCCAAUAUUCUUUGUUGAAAAGUGUCCAGCCAGAUGCAGCAUCACCAACACAUGGCUUCAACCGCAUCGUGGCCCUAUCACGACCCGUGUACUUCUGCCUGCUAUCGAGCCUGGUGCUAAUUGCACACUUCUCUGUAGAGUCCGGCCACUCUGAUCCGACACCACAUACUGUCUACGGUGUGACAUUCUCUGCACGGCAGCUUGCACUGAUGGCGAGGGAGGUGAUGUUGAAUUCAUUGCUGCUCCUGCCUCUCGCCUUCAGUCUGGGUCUGCUGCCACAGGUGACAACAUUUGCCAUGUACCUGCUGGAGCAGCUGGACAUGCACGUGUUUGGUGGGAACGCAUGUACCAGCCUCGGUGCGGCCGCGUACUGCGUGCUGCGCUCGGUUGUUGGCGUGGCGGUGCCUGCCGGCUUCGCGUACGGCGCCCUGACGGAGGAGGCGGGUGCACGCCACAUGCUGUUUUCCAUCUUCUGCGGCCUGCUGGUAGCUGUCGCAUACCACCUCUCACGCCAGGCGUCGGACCCAGCCCCACUGUGGGUAGUAGUGGAGAGUGCGCUGUGGCCACCGGCAGACCUGAUGGCAGUGCCGGGGGGUGGGGACGCCCUGCCGUCGUCACGGCAGGCUCACGGCAGUAGCGUGCGGAACCGCAGCAGGAAGCACAAACACCGCAGCACUGGCGACAGUACUCGAAAAAAGAAGCUUGCACAGGAAGGUGCCGACCCUGAGUCAGGAGUGCCGACGACGUCUGCAACGGGUGGCCAGUCGUCUGCGUCUGCUCCGCCACCACCGCUGUCCCCUCCUGAACCUCCAGACACAGACCCUCUUCCAAAGGAGCUGACACGCACGGUGCGAGCGCGACUGCGCUCGGACGGGCUGGUGUGCCCGGCGGCAGCACUGCUGGUAUGUGGCGUGCACGCCAGCACGGCGUUCUCGGCGCUGCAGCCCGACCUGCAGCCGGCGCUGUGGGCGGCGGCGUGUGCGCUGGGCCUGCUGCUGCACUACGUAGUUCCGCAGCUCCGCAAGCAGCUGCCCUGGCUGUGCGUUGCCCGCCCCAUCCUGCGCGCCCACGAGCAUGGCCAGUUCGAGGUGCGCCAGCCGGCGAAGCUCAUGUGGUUUGAGAAGACGUACGUGUACCUGUGCUUCCUGGAGAGGAAUGUGCUGUAUCCGGUGCUGGUGGUGAGCGCGCUGACUGCGGACGCACCGCGACUGGCGGACAAUGCGGGUGCCGGCUGGGGCGCACUGCUGGCAGCCGUCUGCGGCCUCAAGUGCCUGCGCUGUGCCUUUUCUGAUACGGGCAACCAGUACCUCGUCCUCGCCUUCGCCGUCCUCCUCUUCCAGAUAGACUUCGCCGCCGCCUCCCAGACCUUCAUCGUCGACUACUUCUUCGUCGGUAUAGUGUUCAGCAAAGUCUACGAGUUCCUCCUCAAGGUGCAGUUUGUGGUGACGUACAUCGCUCCUUGGCAGAUCACAUGGGGAUCGGCAUUCCACGCCUUUGCACAGCCGUUCUCGGUGCCCCACUCUGCCAUGCUGUUCGCCCAGGCAGCCCUGUCUGCCCUGGUGUCGGCACCUCUCAAUCCGUUCCUUGGCUCAGCAGUCUUCCUCGCCUCUUACGCUAGGCCGGUCAAGUUCUGGGAGCGCGACUACAAGACGCGGCGUGCCGACCACAGCAACACGCGGCUCGCGGCACACCUGCUGGAGCACCGCAGUCUGGGUGCCGACGACAACAACCUCAACUCCAUCUUCUACGAGCACCUCACCCGUUCUCUGCAGCGCUCGCUCUGUGGAGACCUCAUUCUCGGACGGUGGGGCCCAGUUUCCCAGGGGGACUGCUUCGUGCUGGCGUCGGACUACCUCAACUGCCUGGUGCACAUCGUGGAGCUGGGCAACGGCCUGGUCACGUUCCAAGUGCGAGGCCUCGAGUUCCGUGGCACCUACUGCCAGCAGAGGGAGGUGGAGGCCAUCUCGGAAGGAGUUGAGGAUAAUGACGGGUGUUGCUGCUGUGAGCCGGGCCACCUGCCACACAUGUUGAGUGCCAACGCGGCCUUCUCCCAGCGCUGGCUAGCCUGGGAGGUCACUGCCACCAAGUACGUGCUAGAGGGGUACAGCAUCUCGGACAACAGUGCCGUCUCCAUGCUGCAGGUCUUUGACUUCCGCAAAGUCCUCAUAACAUACUACGUCAAGAGUAUAGUGUUCUAUGCCAUUCGCUCCCCGCGCCUUCUCGACUGGCUGACUUCGGAGACGAUCCUAGAUGCCCUGAGGCCAACACUCGACAGAUCUUUUGUCGAUUUGGACCCUGUGUUUAACAUGAAUAUAGACGAGGACUACGAUUUCCGUGCAUCUGGGAUUACGCGGACCAGUUUCUGCAAUGUGUACCUCGAGUGGAUUCACUUCUGUGCCAGUAAGCGGAAGGAAGCAGAGAUUGCGAGAAAAGCUAGCAGCAGCGGUGCCGAGGCAUCCAGUUCGGAGACACUGCUGGCGCAGUUGUCGGAUCGAGGGCGCGACUCGACGUUGGUGUCCCUGUGCUUCGCGUUGAGUCUGCUCGGGAGACGAACACUCGGGGCUGCCUCGCAUAACACUGUCUCCAGUGUGGAGUUCUUCUUGUACGGCCUGCACGCACUUUUCAAAGGAGACUUCCGGAUAACAUCUGUGAGGGAUGAGUGGAUAUUCUCAGACAUGGAGCUCCUGAGGAAGGUAGUGGCACCUGGAGUGCGGAUGUCCCUGAAGCUUCACCAGGACCACUUCAUGGCCCCAGAUGAGUACGAAGAGCCUGCUGCUUUGUACGAGGCCAUCUCCCAGCAUGAGGAGAAGCUUGUAAUCUCUCACGAGGGUGACCCUGUCUGGCGGAAUGCCGUCCUGUCGGGAACUCCUUCACUGCUAGCUCUCAGGCACGUGUUGGAUGAUGGCACAGAUGAGUACAAAGUGAUAAUGCUAAACAAAAGGUACCUGAGCUUCCGUGUGAUAAAGGUGAACCGCGAGUGCGUGCGCGGCCUCUGGGCGGGCCAGCAGCAGGAGCUGGUCUACCUCCGCAACCGCAACCCCGAGCGUGGCUCCAUACAGAAUGCCAAGCAGGCACUAAGAAAUAUCAUCAAUUCAUCGUGUGACCAACCGAUCGGCUACCCCAUUUACGUUUCACCACUGACAACUUCGUAUGCCGAUACGAAUGAACAGUUGUGCAGCGUUAUUGGUGGACCACUCAGCCUGGGAGGCAUGAAACGUGCUGUCAUUAGACUGUGGAGGAGAGUACGUCGGAGAUGUGGGGAGGGUUGCUCGAGUGGCGGGUCAGUUCCUCAGGAUGAUGGUGGUUUUGGCCACGAAGGAGUCUAUGCCAUGACAGCCUGCAACAUACAUUCGGGGUACGGGGGCAGCGGUCACAACACGUCGGGCAGCCAAUCUGCGGAGAGCUCGCAGCCCGGUGCGGGCGCCACAGUGCGCGGCGGCAGUAUAAGUGGCGGCACCGGUGGGAGCCUGGGUAGGGGAAACCGCGGCUCCCUGGCAUCGGCAGGCAAGCCGUCGUCGUCCACACUCGCGUCGCUUGCGGGCCUACUGGCCGCUGCAGAGGCGUCACAGGCGGCCAAGUCCGCCGCGGGUGCAGCUGCGAUUUCUGCAGGAGGAGACCAGGUGCCGCAGCAGCAACAGCAGCUGGGGUCGCAAGUGAGCGUGGCCAGCGUAGCAGUGUCCACGGCCGCCACAGCCACCAAUGACCCGGACGACAAGGAGCCCAUCCUACAGAGGGUCAGAAUACAAGAUCCAAAUCAAGUGUACGAUGCCAUAAAUUUGGGAAGGCGUAUUGAUGUCGUGUGGCCAGACGAGCACAUGCAGGCGAGAGGUGGUCGAUCGAGUUGGAGGGACUGGCUGCCAGAAAGGGGUAUGGAAGGCCAGGUUGUACAUAGAUGGGUGCCUUCACAUCGUGACCCCAACCGUCGUUCACAUGUGGACCGUACAAUUCUCCUAGUGAAAAUUGAUGACAAGUAUGUUCCAAUUGCAGAGAGUGGAACACAGGACCUAGGAGCAGAGGUUUAGCAGGUUUGACCAGUUGUCACAGUUACAGAGUGUCAGCUGUACCGUUUCAAAAUUUAACGUUUCUGUUCUAAGUGUACCUGUUCUGUACACGCACCAACAGCUGCGUGUGCACCCGACAGAAUGUUGUCACGGAUUGGCAAACCCGUCUUGCUUUUAACAACUAUAUAAAAUUUAUUUUUUUACUGUGUAAAUGAAAAACAUCCUGGGAUUAUGUAAUAGCUUAAUGUUUUCUAUUGGUCUUCGUACAGUCUCUCUCGUAGUCAGAUAAUGGAUUUAAGACUGACAUAGUUUAAUUGAGAUUACAGGUAUUAUUAUAGUUUCUUUAUCUGCCAAUGUUUGAAAGCAUUUCUGCAGGGAGCGUGUCGUGUAAUCACUGGAACCGCAGUUGUGCUUUGCAAAAACUUCAAGACUAAGUGGUGGAGAGGCAGUUGUGAGUGCAAGAAAAUAAAGAGAAGCUCUGCUGUUUAGUGAAUAUAGCGUGUUUCAUAUUUCUUGUGCUUCUGGACCUUGGGAGUGGAUAGAAAUUUAUUUUUGGUUGUGUUUCAAUGCAGAUGUUUUAGUAUGUUAGCAGAGGAGAUCUUUAUGUGCAAGAAUAUAUUAUUUUUUGAUAAUGAAUUGUGUGACACCUGGCCAAUUCUGCA